GUUAGACAUGGCUCAGGUAUCUACCCAUAUAAAGUGCAUAUGACCUACCUUGAGCGCUUUCAUAACUACUUCCCCCUUUUCUUGAACACUUAGCUUUAAGUCCUUUUCACUAAUUACCUACUAUCCAGUUGCAUUCGGUUCAAGGUAGAUAUAACAUAUCUUGGUAACCUAGUAUCAAAAAAGUACAAUCACUCUGAAGUUAUCUAUCUUAGAUAGACUAAUAGAUACGUUCCUACUACCCAUUACCAACCAUAUUCGAAAAUGUCGAACCCUGAUAACUACACCAUUGGAUGGAUUUGUGCGCUCACAGAAGAGCUCGUUGCAGCAGAGGAAUUCCUCGGCGACCCACACCCACAACCGGCGCACAGGGCGAUCCAUGAUCAAAAUCGCUAUGCAUUGGGCCAGAUAGGCCCUCACAAUGUUGUCGUGGCCAUAUUGCCUCUAAGUCAAUAUGGAACCACCAAUGCCCUUGGUGUCGCCAAAGACAUGGCGCAUACAUUCAAAAAUCUAAGGGUCAUUUUGAUGGUUGGCGUUGGAGGGGGUGUACCGAGCUCCCGGCACGAUAUUCGUCUUGGUGACAUUGUAGUCAGCACCGUUCAGAAUAGAAUCGGGGGCGUGCUUCAGUAUGAUUAUGGAAAGACGAUUCAAGACGAAUGCUUCGAAGUCACAGGACACCUCAAUCAACCACCGCAACUGGUGCUGAUAGCAAUUGCGGGAGUGGAUGCUAAAUACGAGAGAUAUGGCGACAACAUUGACAAGAGCAUUGAAAACAUCCUACAAAAGAACAACCAAUUGCGAAUGAAAUAUCAACAUCCAGGCACCAAUACCGAUAAACUAUACCUACCGAACUUCAAGCACAAAGGGGGCGACAACUGUGCUGCGAAUUGCGGAGACGAUGAAUCAAACAUGGUUUGUAGAAUCGACAGACCUGAAAAUGAAAAAGGCCCUAAGAUCCAUCAUGGCUUGAUUGCCUCUGGGAACGGGUUGAUGAAAGACGCCUUGAUUCGGGAUAAACUUGCGGCGAAAUGGGAUGUUUUAUGUUUUGAGAUGGAAGCUGCGGGCCUGAUGAAUCAUUUCCCCUGCCUCGUUAUUCGUGGUAUAUGUGACUACUCUGAUAGCCACAAAAACAAAUCGUGGCAAGGCUUUGCAGCGAUGAGAGCAGCUGCAUAUGCGAAAGACGUAAUUGAGCAGAUUUCUCCGAGCCAGUUACAAACUGAGAAGAGCAUCCAGAAAGCUCUUGAGGAGGUCAAUAAGGAUUUAAUCGAUAUUCGUUCUGAUAUCGUGACCCUAACGACUAAUGAAUACUUCGAAAAGCUGAAGACUUGGUUCUCUGCGCCAGACCCCUCAACCAACCUGAAGCGAGCACAGGACCGUCGUGAAAAUGCCACUGGACUAUGGUUCCUCAACAGCAAGGAAUACUCGGAAUGGAGAAAUAUUAAAAACUCCUUUCUUUGGCUCAAUGGCAUAUCCGGGUGUGGCAAAUCAGUCCUAUCCUCUACCAUUAUUGAGGAUUUAGGAAGUAGAAAUCCUUGCUCUUCAGGGACACUGUACUUUUAUUUCGAUUUCGGCGAAUUACAGAAGCAAUCAUUCGAGAAUGUGCUCCGAAGCCUGAUAAUUCAGCUGUACCGCAAGGAAAAGAAAGUCCAGCAUCACCUAGAUUCACUAUACACUUUCUAUAAUGAUCACGAACAAAGACCAAGCACCGACGCACUGCAGCAAACCCUUCAACGUAUGAUCGAGGAAGCCGACGAACUGUGGAUCGUAAUAGAUGCUUUAGACGAACGUGUAAGACAACGGGGUGAAAUUGAAAAAGUACUUCCGUGGAUUAAAACUCUACAGAAUAGUCUCACGAACGUCCAUCUUCUUGUCACAAGCCGCGAAGAACUUGAUAUACAGUCUGCCAUUGCCGACUGGGAUCAUCCCAAGAUCCUGCUCAAUAUCGAUCGGGCUUUGGUACGGAACGAUAUUUGUCAGUAUAUCCGAGCAAGACUGACAGAUGGCGAGUUGGGCAUGAGGUGGAAAACACAGCCACAGGUGCGGAAUGAGAUUGAAAAGGCCUUAGUGGAAAAGGCCGAUGGGAUGUUUCGUUGGGUUGCAUGCCAGCUCGAUGCACUCGAAUACUGUAUUGAUCGCCCGAUGGUCAGGAAAGUUCUCAAAUCCCUCCCAGAUACGUUAAGUGAAACGUAUGACCGAAUCUUGCAACGAAUUCCUGAGCCACUUCUUCCGAAAGCAAUAAGAAUUCUGCAAUUAUUGGCCUAUUCUAAUGUGGUCUUAACAAUCAAUCAACUCGUCGAUGCUGUUGCAGUGAACAUUGAAGAUAUAGAUGAGUUCAAUGAAGCUGAUAGAAUGCCGGAUCCCAAGGAAAUAUUGGCACUCUGCUCUAGCUUGGUGGUUACGAUACCACUAUCAACCUUCUCCGAAGAACAAUCCGUUGAUUGGGAUGUCGAGGAUUUCUCUGACGAGGACGAGGUCGAGGUGGUACAACUUGCUCAUAAUUCCGUCAAAGAAUACUUAAAUCCAAAGCAACCCAAGGAAGGCAUAACUGAUGAAUUCCUAGAGAUCAAUGCUAGGGCCUCGAUUGCGAAAGUUUGCAUUGUGCAUCAACUGCAAUUGCGUGAGCAAGCGAAGGUUCGGCCAGAGUAUAAACGACUUGUUCGAACUUAUCCACUGCUUUUACAUGCUAGUCUAUACUGGACAGACCAUGCUACUGUGGUUGAAUCGAGUUCUGCGGAAAUCACCGGCCUCGUCAUAGAUUUCCUCUCUUGCGAAGAUGCGUGCAGACUAUAUGAUCUUAUUCAAUCGUCUCGUAAAAAAGGGGGGCGAUACAUUGAACAAGACAGACUCCUUUUCGCAGCAAAAUUUGGACUAUUCCACACGGCCCAGCGUUUAAUAAACGGCGGGGCAGCCGCCACUACUACUACCCUUGAGGUUGCUGUAGAUGGAGGCCACGAUAACGAUCGUGGUGUCGAUAUUAACGCAAAAGACAAACACGGUCAAACUGCUUUGCAUAUAGCUAUAAACAGAGACCAUGAGGGCAUGGCUCGUCUUCUAAUCGAUCACGGUGCUGAUACCAACGCAAAAGACAAGAAGGGUCGAACACCUCUGAAUUCUUUAUCCGGAAGUGAGAAAAGUGAGAGCUUCGUGAAGAUGCUGGUUGACCAUGACGCCGAAGUUAAUACUCGAGAUUAUUUAGGCAAGACUCCUCUGUUUAUUGCUGUGGAACACUACAGAUUGGGCCUAAUCAACUCGCUACUGGAUCAUGGCGUUGACAUCAACGCAAAAGACUGCUACAACGAUACCGCUCUGCAAAGUUUAUGCGUGUAUGGAGGGAAAAUGUGUUACGAUCUAGCUAGGCUACUGAUUGAUCGUGGUGCUGAUACGAAGGCAACAGAUAAGCGGGGCAACGGUCUUUUACACAAAGCUGCAGCAGGUGGUAACGAGGACCUGGUCAAAUAUUUGAUUGAUUGCAAUAUCGAUAUUGACGCAAGAGAUCGUCAUGGUAGAACGCCAUUGCACUGGUCUGCAGGAGUAGCCAACGAACCUGUUGUAAAGUACUUAAUUGAAAAGGGUGCUAACGUUAACGCGGUGGACGUAGAUGGAAACACUCCUCUGCAAUACAUGCCGAGGGACAACGCAACGAUACACAAGUUGUUGAAAGGGGGAGAAAAGGGCGAGGACGAUCGACCACAAAAGAGGAUACGAACACAGUAGUGCAGGGCGGCAAGAAAAAUGUUGGCAAAGUUGUGUACGAAAUA